GGCCCCCGUCCAAAUCACCCUCUUCGCUCCCCAGCCGUUCCUCCCUCGCUCUGCGACUGCAUCGCAUCUACACCUGCACCAAGCAAAGCAUUCACCAUGUCGAUGGAACAGUUGGAUGGCAGCGUCGUCCACUUGGAAUGGAAGAAUGUCGCAAUCGCUUCGACCUUGCUAUUCGUCAACGGCCUCAUCUCGCUUUGGUUCGGCCUGGGUCUCGAGCGCACCCUGUUGGUCUCGGCGCUGCGAUGCAUCGUGCAACUGACCAUUAUGGGAUACGUACUGGAGCCCAUCUUUUCAAACGAUGGCCCGCUAUUUGUCUUCCCGUUCGCAUUCCUGCUCAUGUUCGUUUCGGCCAUUGAGAUUGUCUACAACAAGAGCAAGUUCCGCCAUGACUGGAUGUUCGGCUCGGUGCUGUUCUCGAUGGUGCUCAGCACAGGCAUGGUCAACUACAUUGGAAACGCAUAUGCCAUCGGUGCUGCACCUUGGUUCGGCGCGCGUGAGUUCAUCCCCACCCUCGGAAUGCUGCUCGGAAACUCAAUGGCUGGUGUCGCCGUCGGCUUGAACAGCACCAUGUCGCAGCUCACGGAUAAGAAGGAGCGAAUCGAAAUGUACCUUGCCUUUGGUGCCACGACAUGGGAAGCGGCGCGCCCCGUCGCCAUCGAAGCCAUCAAGCUGGCGCUGCUGCCGACCCUCAAUGCAAUGAGCGUCAUGGGACUGAUCUCGAUCCCUGGCAUGAUGACGGGCCAGAUCCUCGGUGGGACGCCCAUCGCCGAUGCUGUGCGGUACCAGCAGAUCAUCAUGUUCAUGAUCGUGGCAAGCUGCUCCAUCGCGACUGUGGUGACGGUGCUCGUGUGCAUCUAUGUCACCUUUGAUCAGAAAUCCCGACUGCUGGUCGACCGCAUCAAGAAGGUGGAGCGCAAGCGAUCAACCAUUGCCCUCUGGCAGGAACGGAUCGAGUCCCUGCUCAAGUCGGCGGUCCGGAGCCGGCACGGCGACACGCACGAACAGCGGCCUCUCCUGGGAUAGUCUGAGAAAUGUACUGGAGACCAGGCUCCGGUCUCGGUCUUGGACCCAGGCCGCCUGUGUUGGCGCUGUGUGUUACUUUUUCCUUUCCACUAUGAUUCUUAUGACCCUGACCGAACAGCUACGAGCAAGGACAUGGGAUCCGCCGUUAUGUGGCGGUGAUAGCCAAAGUAGGCAGCAAACUUCUAUGCAUCACGGUCGCGACAUGGUGCGGACGUGCUAUCCAAUACAGCCUCGACUUUCUGCUGGUGGCCGUCUCUGAUGGUGGAUGAAUUGCUCAAAGUACUUGGCGAACCAGAGUCUCCGUGGGUUGGAUGCAUA